CGGAGGGCCCUGGACGCCCGCCCUGGGCGCUUCGGGACCGAGUCUUCGCCGGCGGCGGAGGCGGCCGCACGGGCAGUCUAGCCUCUGUGCGCGCGGCGCCCGCGCUCUUCGGCCCCAGCCCGGCCCCUCCUCGCCCAGCCAUGCCGCCGCCCGCGCCGCCCACCGAACUGGUGCCGUCGGAACGCGCCGUGGUGCUGCUGUCGUGCGUGCUCUCCGCGCUCGGCUCGGGCUUGCUGGUGGCCACGCACGCCCUGUGGCCCGACCUGCGCAGCCGAGCGCGGCGCCUGCUGCUCUUCCUGUCGCUGGCCGACCUGCUGUCGGCCGUCUCCUACUUCUAUGGGGUGCUACAGGACUUCUCGGGCCCCUCGUGGGACUGCGUGCUGCAGGGCGCGCUCUCCACCUUCGCCAACACUAGCUCUUUCUUCUGGACCGUGGCCAUCGCCCUCUACUUGUACCUCAGCAUCGUCCGCGCCACGCGUGGACACGGGGGACUCCUGCUCUGGGCCUUCCAUGUCGUCAGCUGGGGGGUCCCGCUGACCAUCACCGUGGCGGCUGUCAUUCUAAAGAAGAUCGGCUACGACGCCUCGGACGUGUCCGUGGGCUGGUGCUGGAUCGACCUGGAGGCAGAGGACCGUGUCCUGUGGAUGCUGCUGACCGGGAAGCUGUGGGAGAUGCUGGCCUACGUCACGCUGCCCGUGCUGUACCUCCUCAUCAGGAAGCACAUCAACAGGGCGCACGAGGCGCUCUCCGAGUACCGGCCCAUCCUGUCCGAGGCCCACCGGCUGCAGCACCACAGCUCCAUGGCCGACAAGAAGCUGGUCCUCAUCCCGGUCAUCUUCAUCUGCCUCCGGGUGUGGAGCACCGUGCGGUUCGUCCUGACCCUCUGUGGCUCCCCGGCCGUGCAGACCCCGGUGCUGGUCGUUCUGCACGGCAUCGGGAACACGUUUCAGGGAGGUGCCAACUGCAUCAUGUUCGUCCUCUGCACCCGCGCCGUCCGGACCCGGCUCCUCUCCCUCUGCUGCUGCUGCUGCCCUCCCCAGGCUCCUGCGGAGAGCCCGGCCGGCCCGCCCAAGGCUCCUGCGCCCUCCAAGCCGGGAGACGCAGGGACCCCGGUGGACCCCCGAUGAACGUCCACGCACCUGAGCUCUUCCCCCCCAGUUCUGUGUGUGGGUGCUCCCUCCCUGGGAGGACGGGUGGCACCGAGUCCCACUGCAGGAAGUGGGCAGGGAUGUCCGCCACUCCGGAAGCCUUCCUGCUACCCGCGGUCUGAGCCGAGAGGCGGAGAAGUGAUGGGGGCCUUCUGCUGGGGAAGCUCUUGGCCCUGCUGGCAGGGACAGCCGGACACUCAGCUUCUUCUACCUCCUAGACUCUCAGGUGGCACGUGUCCACAUGCACCCGUGUCCCGCUGCACCCAAGGGGUCUGUCUGCCCGAGGGCUGGCAAUGAGAUGCGGGGAGACCGGCGGUGCGCGAUUGCUGCCAGGUUGCCUUGUGGCCCAGUGGUCAUCGGCUUCCGAGGACCCACCCCUGUGGGCUAAGCAGAACGAGAGAUGUCCCCCAGGUACCCGUCCUAAAUGAAAUGUCAGGGGUUACCGGCAAUGUGGCCCCGCCGAGAUGUCAUGGAGCAGAUGGCCGGUGUGUCGUGGUGGUGACCUUCCCCGGAGAGCAUGGCCUUUCAGAAAGAGCCAGUCACCUCGAACCCAGUUCCCGUGAGGUUUCCUGGUGAAUGUUGUGAGCACAGCCCAGCACAGCUGCUCGGGGCUGCGGGUCCCCUCGGAACCAGCCCGGGUCUCUCUGGGGGUCGCCGGCCGUGGGUGUGGAGGGCACUCGAAUCCAGACCCCUGCCUCCCUCCACCAGUCACUUCAGACACAGGCGCCCUCCUCCAAGGCCAGGGCUGGGACAGGAGCAAGGAAGGCCACUGCAGGGACCCCCUGGGGAGCGUCCCCUCUAUCCCCUAUCUCUCAGGUCUGUGCCUGUGGACACUGGGAUAAGGUGUGUUGGGAGGGGUCUGGCUUCUUCACGUCCUGGUUUAGUUUGUAUAGGAAAGGUGGCCAGAGAGUUCAUGAGUGGUCCAAAUACUGAUCCCUCCCCGAAGGUGAAGGUUUGGGAGUUGGCUGGGGAAGUGAUACGGGGUGGUUAUUUACACGUAAGAGAGAAAGGAGUUACAAUAAGCAUGUGUGUGUCUACACUCUGUGCCUCUUCCACCAGCCCUUCCCUCUACUUCAGAAAACUUGCUCUGUGAAGCCGCAGAGAAAGCCAUUGGCUGGGGACAGGAAGUGUAAGUGUCACCGCCAGAGCCUUGGGUGGAAAGUACCAUCGACCCGAUGGGGGUCUCUCCCUCGGGGUCCACGAGAGCUCUGUGAAACCGAGAUGGCUCAUGGGACCCGCAAAGCGGUUCUGGGUUAAAACCGACGGUGCAGCGUCCUGUGGGCACCUGUUUUGCUCUCACAAGCAAACCUGCAACAGGAGGAGAACCCGCAAGGAACGGUCCUCUGCAGAACUCGGUCCAAAAUGCCCGGGUUUUGGUUUCUUUUAAAAAGUUUCUUUAGGAACAUCAGCAAGAGGUAAACAUCCCCUCAGGAUUCCGAGAAAGCUCAGGGCCGCACCCCAGAAAGCCGGCCGGUCUGGCAAGCUCCUUACAGAAACGGUUCCCCCAAAACGUGACAGCAGAUCACAGGCACGUGGCUGGUCCAGACCCUCGAGUGAGCUUCUCGAAUGCAGCAGAAACUCAGGAAGCCGCUUGCC